UGGGUUUCCCCGCUGGGCGCACAGCUAGUCACUGCCACUAGUCAACCACUGCUCAGCAAGGCUUCCAAGCAUCGGCAUCGGCAAGCAACUAAACGCCGCUGUUGCAGGAUUAUGACUCGAGUUUUCCAUGAAAUCAGGAGCUUAUUAGGCCGUGGGCUGGGGCCUACAGCUAACUGCUCCGUAGUCUACUCGCUGGAGGUAAAUCAAGAGCCGCUGCAGGUUGACAUUCAAGGAUCUGAUUCUGACUCUGAAGCGCACCAGUGCACUUCAACAUUUUUGUCCGGAUCUCCACAUCGCACCUCCGGUAGCGCAGCUUCUUCCAUCACGAGCCGACGGACAUAAAUCCACCUGCCAGCACCUUCUCUACAAUAGUACCGGUAAACUCAGUUUCCGCCAUCGCUGCUGCUGUUGAACACGCUGAAGUAACCGGCAACGGCUGGCGCCUCUGUCAAAGGAGAGCUGUGCUACCGCCUUCACCUCGUAUUCGUAAUCAUUUGCCUGCACCAUCCCAAACUGCAAGGGUCAAGAGAUGCACACAGUGAUUUAUUUGCAAUCAUCUUCACAUUGCAAGCUUGACUCGUAUCGCUAUCAGCGCGCAGCGUGCAGAUAAGAAGGCGCGUUGCAACUGCAACUGCAACUGUAGGUGUUUCGGUCGAUGCAGAGUCGACAGACUGGACUUCAAGGCACUUCAAUUCAACCGACUGAUUCUGUGCGUUGCGUAAGAGCCAGCUAGUCACAGGGUUUGCCAGCAUGCCGGAGCGGUACGCACCUUUCUACUGCCCAGAAGGGCCACUGAACCCACCCCGGCGACCUCGACGACCACCUGCUCCGCCGAGCUUCAGUGCACUGCAUCGUCCAGCGUCAGUGAGCACAACACAAUAUCAUGUGUCACCCUCACCAAGUCAGCGCUCAGAAAGGGUGCCAACCAGUCUUGCACGCGAGUUGGACCGUCAAAGCGUUCUGCGGCGUAAUGAACUCCGCCGACCAGGAUUGACACCUUCAAGUCAUAGUACAGCAUUCAAUACUUGUGCUUGCUGCCUGUGUGUGGGAGCAGCAAUCCUUGCACCACUCCUCGUCCUGGGGUUUUACCUCGGUCCGCCGGGCCAAUGGGUGGCUGUUGGCAUUUCAUCUGCAAGUGUCCUUAUCGCCUGUCUGGUGGUAGUACUGCGAUUCUGUCGGAAGCGGAGGCAGAGAAUAGAGUUACAGGUGAACGUCACCGAUGCAUGUCCGUCUUACCAAGAAGAUCAAACCCAACAGCAGCAGCAGCAGCAACAGCUGCCACAGCCUCAGCCACAGCAGCAGCAGCAGUAUGCAAACUCAAUGUUGCACCAAAGUACGCUGGCAAAUCAAACUGCACGGUGUCACGUGGUACAUGGAAGCGAGCUUCCUCCUGCUUACAGUUCUACAGCGAGCGGUGGCACUGACCGUUUUGGGUAUCAAGGGAUACACAGCGGUACUGAGCUGGCACAUGCUGCAACGUACGGCAGUACUGGCUUAACUCCGCACCGGGGGGCUAGGCUUGAUGCAGAAAGCAUACCAGAACUACCACCUGCCUAUGAUGAUGCGCCACAGCCAGUUACCGAUUUAACCACAGCCUAUCUACCUACUCCUAACAGUUCUCCUUAUGCUCAAUCACCAGACAGCUAGAUACUUGUGACUGCACCGUGUCAUGGACAGUUUGAAAUCCGAUAGGAUGACCGGGGCCGGAACCCUUGGCCUUACUGCGUUUAGCCCGUACAAGCACUGUACAGUAGUCAGUAGUUCCCGUACCAUGACGCUGUAAAAAUUGACCAGCAGUGCUCGUGACUGCAAGGGCAGCGCCCCGUGGCCGCUUGACCUCUCAACAGGCUUCAAAGUCCGCCACAGUACUAAAUUAUAUUAUUUUUACUUGAGAGCAGGAUUUGCUGUGCUGUUGUAGCUCAGUGGGGGUUUUCCACUGCCAGUGAACACGUUGCAGGCCACCAGCAGUCUGCUGGAUGUCUACUUCUCAAGCGGCAUAUCCUUUUUUAUGUUCAGAGCCAUUGUCCGUGACAUGCUCGAGACCAAGCAUGUAUUUAUAAAUUGCUAUCCACUACGUAAUAUCAUAGACUCAUGUGAUACGAGUCUAAAGAUUUGAGAGAAAAAAAUGGACUCUUCUAUCUCAACUUGUGCCUGGUUCACGUUUUGCCAGUCUCAAAUUUCAUCAUCUCCGCCGGGCUCACCAUGCCCACUGUGAUACAUGUCCACACAUUCCAUAGCCGGAUACAUUGAGCCAUGUGUAAAUAAAUUCAGGACCGCCGGAAGCAGUUUUCAAUUAGUCCGGUAGUACUGUGGCCUUUCA